CUCUGCCCGCAGCCGCCGCGCCUUCCAUGGGGGUCGCGGGCCUUGGCUGCCCCUGGGCGGCCCGGGCGCUGCUGCCGCUGCUGUUGCCGCUGCUGCUGACGGCGGCCGUCCCGCCCGGUCGGGGCCGCGUCGCAGGGCCGCCAGAGGACGUGGACGAGUGUGCCCAGGGGCUAGAUGACUGCCACACCAAUGCCCUGUGUCAGAACACACCCACCUCCUACAAGUGCUCCUGCAGGCCUGGCUACCAAGGGGAGGGCAGGCAGUGUGAGGAUAUUGAUGAAUGUGAAAAUGAACUCAAUGGAGGCUGUGUCCAUGAUUGUUUGAAUAUUCCCGGCAAUUAUCGCUGCACUUGUUUUGAUGGCUUCAUGUUGGCUCAUGACGGUCAUAAUUGUCUUGAUGUGGACGAGUGCCUGGAGAACAAUGGCGGCUGCCAGCACACCUGUGUCAACGUCAUGGGAAGCUACGAGUGCCGCUGCAAGGAGGGGUUUUUCCUGAGUGACAAUCAGCACACGUGCAUUCACCGCUCAGAAGAGGGUCUGAGCUGCAUGAAUAAGAAUCACGGCUGUAGUCACAUCUGCAAGGAGGCCCCGAGGGGCAGCGUGGCCUGCGAGUGCAGGCCUGGUUUUGAGCUGGCCAAGAACCAGAGAGACUGCACCUUGACCUGUAACCAUGGAAACGGUGGAUGCCAUCACUCCUGUGAGGACACUGCAGAAGGCCCAGAGUGUAGCUGCCAUCCCCAGUACAAGAUGCACACGGAUGGAAGGAGCUGCCUUGAGCGAGAGGACGCUGCCCCGGAGGUGAUGGAGAGCAAUGCCACAUCCGUGGCGGAUGGGGAUAAACGGGUGAAACGGCGGCUGCUCAUGGAAACGUGUGCUGUCAACAAUGGAGGCUGCGAUCGCACCUGUAAGGAUACUUCGACAGGUGUUCAUUGCAGUUGUCCCGUCGGAUUCAGUCUCCAGUUGGAUGGGAAGACCUGUAAAGAUAUUGAUGAGUGCCAGACGCGCAAUGGAGGUUGCGAUCAUUUCUGCAAAAACACCGUGGGCAGUUUUGACUGCAGCUGCAAAAAGGGAUUUAAAUUAUUAACAGAUGAGAAGUCUUGCCAAGAUGUGGAUGAAUGCUCUUUGGAUAGGACCUGUGACCACAGCUGCAUCAACCACCCUGGCACGUUUGCAUGUGCUUGCAACAAGGGGUACACCCUCUAUGGCUUUACCCACUGUGGAGACACCAAUGAGUGCAGCGUCAACAACGGAGGCUGUCAGCAGGUCUGCGUGAACACCGUGGGCAGCUACGAGUGCCGGUGCCACUCUGCGCACAAGCUCCACUGGAAUAGAAAAGACUGUGUGGAAGUGGAGGGGGUCCUGCCCACUAGCGUAUCACCCCACGUGUCCCUGCAGUGUGGUAAGAGUGGUGGAGGAGACAGGUGCUUCCUCAGAUGUCUCUCUGGCAUUCACCUCUCUUCAGGACUGCAAGAGGCCUAUUCUGUCACCUGCGGCUCUUCCUCUCCUCUCAGGAGCAAACAGCAAAACUCAAAUGACUCCGCUUUCGGGGAUGUCGCCACCGUCAGGACAAGUGUAACCUUUAAGCUAAAUGAAGGCAAGUGUAGUUUGAAAAAGGCUGAUCUGUUUCCCGAGGGUCUGCGACCAGUACUACCAGAGAAGCACAGCUCAGUAAAAGAGAGCUUCCGCUACGCAAACCUUACAUGCAGCUCUGGCAAGCAAGUCCCGGGAGCCCCCGGACGACCGAGCACCCCUAAGGAAAUGUUUAUCACUGUUGAGUUUGAGCUUGAAACUAACCAAAAGGAGGUGACAGCCUCCUGUGAUCCGAGUUGCAUCAUAAAGCGAACAGAGAAGCGGCUCCGGAAGGCCAUCCGCACGCUCCGGAAGGCUGCCCACAGGGAGCAGUUUCACCUCCAGCUCUCAGGCGUGGACCUCGAAGUGGCUAAAAAGUCUCCCCUAACAUCUGAACACUGGGCAGAGUCCUGUGGAGUGGGUCAGGGCCAUGUAGGAAACCAAUGUGUCAGUUGCAGGGCUGGAACAUACUACGAUGGAGUACAAGAACGCUGCAUUUUAUGUCCAAAUGGAACCUUCCAAAAUGAGGAGGGGCAAAUCACAUGCGAACCAUGCCCAAGACCAGAAAAUCCUGGGGCCCUGGAGACUCCAGAAGCUUGGAAUGCGUCUGAAUGUGGAGGUCUGUGCCAACCUGGUGAAUAUUCCGCAGAUGGCUUUGCACCCUGCCAGCUCUGUGCCCUGGGCACAUUCCAGCCUGAAGCUGGCCGUACUUCCUGCUUUCCCUGUGGAGGAGGCCUCCUCACCAAACACCUGGGAGCCACUUCCUUCCAGGACUGUGAAACCAGAGUUCAAUGUUCACCUGGACAUUUCUACAACACCACCACUCACCGAUGUAUUCGUUGCCCAGCAGGAACAUACCAGCCAGAAUUUGGAAAAAAUAAUUGUGUUUCCUGCCCAGGAAAUACCACGACUGACUUUGAUGGCUCCACAAACAUAACCCAGUGUAAAAACAGAAGAUGUGGAGGGGAGCUAGGUGAUUUCACUGGAUACAUCGAAUCCCCAAACUACCCAGGCAAUUACCCUGCCAACACAGAAUGUACCUGGACCAUCAACCCACCCCCCAAGCGCCGCAUCUUGAUUGUGGUCCCUGAGAUCUUCCUGCCCAUAGAGGAUGACUGUGGAGACUACCUGGUGAUGCGGAAAACUGCUUCGUCCAAUUCUGUGACAACGUAUGAAACCUGCCAGACCUAUGAACGCCCCAUCGCCUUCACCUCCAGAUCCAAGAAGCUGUGGAUUCAGUUUAAGUCCAAUGAGGGGAACAGCGCCAGAGGGUUCCAGGUCCCGUAUGUGACAUACGAUGAGGACUACCAAGAACUCAUUGAAGACAUAGUUCGAGACGGCAGGCUCUACGCAUCAGAGAACCAUCAGGAAAUACUUAAGGAUAAGAAACUGAUCAAGGCUCUGUUUGACGUUCUGGCCCACCCCCAGAACUAUUUCAAGUACACGGCCCAGGAGUCCCGGGAAAUGUUUCCAAGAUCCUUCAUCCGAUUGCUCCGUUCCAAAGUGUCCAGGUUUCUGAGGCCUUACAAAUGAGCCUGCCCACGUGCCACUCAGCACAGCACUGGGCUGUGGGCUGGUGGAACACAGCGAUCUGCUUCUGCAGCCAGCAUAGCCGGAUAACGCUGCCUCUAGUAGCAGUGGCUGGUUAGAGUUCAAUUUUUCUAGAUAAUACAGAUAUUUUGGUAAAUUGAA